AUGACCUUGUCUUCCAUAAGCUACCUUCCUGCUCUGCAGUCUUUUCAACCGAACCCCACCAGAAAUAAGGCAGAUCCAAGUUUGAACAGGUCGAAGAGAAAGAAUCCUUCUGAUUAUGGUUCCCCAAAGCUAGAAAAGCGUGCGAAGGUCCGGACACAGAAUUUAUCACAAAGUUCCUCUUCGACACCAUGGUCUUGCCAUUCACCUCCGAAGCUUAUUAUCGUUCUCGUAGGGCUGCCAGCCCGUGGUAAAAGCUACAUCGCCCGCAAGCUUUGCAGAUAUCUCAACUGGUUGCAGUAUGGCACGAGGAUAUUCAACGUCGGUGAUAAACGAAGACAUCUGAAAAACUUAUAUACCCAACAUAAUGCCAACUUUUUCGACCCCGCCGACCAUAAAGCUGCGAAAAUUCGAGAGGUGGCAGCGAUGGCCACCUUGGAAGAGCUUCUCGAUUUUCUGCUACUGGGAGGAGGGUCAGUGGCAUUAUUCGAUGCUACCAACACGACCCUGCCCAGAAGGCGUGCUAUCGUCGAACGGGUAAAGCAAAGAACAGGCAGCCAGACUGAAAUUCUGUUCUUAGAGAGCCAGUGCUUUGAUGAAGAGCUGCUCGAGUCCAACAUGAUGUUGAAGCUUUCUGGACCAGACUAUAAGGGCCAUGAUCCGAAAGCAUCGCUUGCAGAUUUUAAAGAGAGAGUAUCGAUGUACUCAAAGAAGUAUACUUCACUUGGUAGUGCCGAGGAGUCACUCGGUUGGUCCUUCUGCCAGAUGAUUGACGUUGGGCGGAAGUUUGUGAUGCACAACAUCCAAGGCUAUCUAGCCUUCAAAACCGUCCAGUACAUCCAGAAUUUCCACUUGCAGCCUCGUCAGAUUUGGUUGUCGCGAAGAGGGGAGUCAGCAGACGACGCGCUUGAGAUAGAAACCUUGGACCCUGAACUAAGCGAGCGAGGCAGAGAGUACGCAACUGCGUUGGCCACUUUCAUUCACAAACAUAGGACCAAGGGGUAUGAGCAAAAGCCUUCAUCGGCGGUAUACUCCAUCACACAUGGGCAAGCGACAUCAUGUCCGACUUCCUCCCCCAAGUUCCAGAUCUGGACAUCGCGGACAGCACGCAGUCGCCAGACCUCAUCUGGCUUUGCGAGAUCGGAAUAUUUGGUCAAGCAUCUCCAUAUGCUAGACUCGUUCAACGGUCAAGAAAGCACGGGAGAUCAUCACGAGUCAGGCUCCAGCACUUCAAAAGUCUUGUCGCUUCCGGACGAUAAUCAAGAAAGUCACAGUGAGAUCGCUCACCGUAUUCAGUGGAUGAUCUUGGAGCUUGAGAGACUACAUGACCAUGUACUUCUCAUCGCCGGUGUCGCUGUCCUUCGGGUUCUGCUGGCAUAUUUUCGCGAUGUGAGUCAAAUACAGUUGGGCAGGCUCGAGAUCCCUUUACAUACACUGUACCUUUUGGAACCAAAACCUUAUGGCAUUGAGCUUAGAGAGUUUAAGUGGGACUCGAUCGAUGGUGAUUUCCACGAGGUCCACCAAAAGAGCAAAAAUGACCCAGUGCAAAGCCGUGAGCUUGGAUGCUAG